AUGGUGCACGUCCGCAGCCUGUGGCUACCCGGCUGCCUGGCCCUGGCCACCCUGUCUUGCCUUGUGCAAGGCCAGCAUGUGUUCCUGGCCCCUCAGCAAGCCCUGUCGCUGCUGCAGCGGGUCCGACGCGCCAACACCGUCUUCGUGGAGGAGUUGCGUCAGGGCAACCUGGAGCGGGAGUGCCUGGAGGAGCUGUGCAACAAGGAGGAGGCCUUUGAGGCCCUGGAGUCCACCACCGCCACGGAUGUGUUCUGGAGCAAGUACACAGUUUGUGAGCCGGUGAGAAAACCUCGGGAAAAGCAUGACGAAUGUAUGGCAGGUAACUGUGCAGAAGGCCUGGGCGCUAACUACCAGGGGAACGUGAGCUUCACCCGCUCAGGCAUCGAGUGCCAGCUGUGGAAGAGUCGCUACCCACACAAGCCUGAAAUCAACUCCACCACCCACCCGGGGGCUGACCUGAGGGAGAACUUCUGCCGCAACCCAGACAACAGCCCCACUGGGCCCUGGUGCUAUACCACGGACCCCACCGUGCGGAGGGAGGAAUGCAGCGUGCCCGUGUGUGGCCAGGGGGGCGUCACUGUGGAGGUCACCCCACGCACCAGAGGCCCCCCAGUGAACCAGCCACCUCCAUCGACGCAGUGUGUGCCUCAGCGCGGCUGGCACUACAAGGGUCACCUGGCAGUGACUGCCAAGGGGAGCCCCUGCCUGCCCUGGGCCAGCUCCCAGGCCAAGGCCCUGAGCAAGGACCUAGACUUCAGCCCAGAUGUGCCGCUGGAGGAGAACUUCUGCCGCAACCCAGACAGGGACCAGGAGGGCGCGUGGUGCUACGUGGCCGGGUCGACUGGCGACUUCGAGUACUGUGACCUCAACUACUGUGAGGAGCCCUUGGAGGAGGAGACGGAAGAUACGCUGGACUUGAACUUGGAAACAGCCAUAGAGGGACGCACCACCCUGGAGGAGUUUCAGCCCUUCUUCAAUGAGAAGACCUUCGGCAGUGGGGAGGCAGACUGUGGGCUGCGGCCUCUGUUUGAGAAGAAGUCGGUGGAGGACCAAACGGAAUCGGAGCUUCUCCAGUCUUACGUUCAAGGACGCAUCGUGCAUGGCUUGGACGCAGAGAUUGGUGUCGCGCCCUGGCAGGUGAUGCUUUUCCGGAAGAGCCCCCAGGAGCUGCUGUGCGGGGCCAGCCUCAUCAGUGACCGCUGGAUCCUCACGGCUGCCCACUGCCUCCUGUACCCUCCCUGGGACAAGAACUUCACCGCAGAUGAUCUUCUGGUGCGCACUGGCAAACACUCCCGCACCAGGUACGAGCGAGGCAUUGAAAAGAUCUCCAUGCUGGAGCGGAUCAUCAUCCACCCGCGGUACAACUGGAGGGAGAACCUGGACCGGGACAUCGCGCUGCUGAAGCUCAAGAAGCCCAUCACCUUCAGUGACUACAUCCACCCCGUGUGCCUGCCGGACAAGGAGACGGCAUCCAGACUGCUCCAGGCUGGAUACAAAGGGCGGGUGACGGGCUGGGGCAACCUGAAGGAGAUCUGGACGGUGCACCCCGGGGAGCUGCAGCCCAAAGUCCUGCAGCUGGUCAACCUGCCCAUCGUGGACCGGCAGAUCUGCAAGGCCUCCACCCGGAUCCGCAUCACUGACAACAUGUUCUGUGCUGGUUAUAAUCCUGAAGAUGAGAAAAGAGGGGAUUCCUGUGAGGGCGACAGUGGGGGACCCUUUGUCAUGAAGAGCCCCUUUAACGACCGCUGGUAUCAAAUGGGCAUCGUCUCAUGGGGUGAAGGCUGUGACAGGGAUGGAAAAUAUGGCUUCUACACACAUGUGUUCCGCCUGAAGAAGUGGAUACUGAAGGCCAUCGAUCGGUUUGGAGGUUAGGGGGCCUUCUCACAUUUUAGCCUCCUCACUGUAAAAUCACGG